CCACCAACUGAACCCACUACUUCAACUGAGAAGACAACUACAACUGAAGCACCAACCACAACCACAACAUCUAGGCCAACUACAACUAAAGGAUCAACCACAACCACAACUGAAGCACCAACCACAACCACAACA